AUGUUGCUCAGGCAGAGCCCAGCGCAGAGCAGACAGCCGUGCGGACCAGUACUCAGACCCAGGGACAGCCCAGCCUCCUCAGAGCUGGAGCCCCACUCUCCAACUCGCGUCUCGCCAUCGCUGCGUUCCCCCCUCAACGACAUGUACCCCGAAGAGAGCCGGGGGUCUGGAGGGGUAGCCACUGUGGACUUCCUGGAAGGGACUUAUGACUAUGCCGCCCCCACCCCUGCCCCGACUCCUCUUUACAGCCACUCCACCACUGGCUGCUACUCGGCUCCUCUGGACGCUCACGGACCACUGUCCGAUGGCAGUCUUCAGUCCCUGGGCAGUGGGCCGACCAGUCCACUUGUGUUUGUGCCCUCCAGCCCACGGCUGAGCCCCUUUAUGCACCCGCCCAGCCACCACUAUCUGGAAACCACUUCAACACCCGUCUACAGGUCCAGCCACCAGCCGGUCCCCAGAGAGGACCAGUGUGGUACCCGUGACGAGGCAUACAGCGUGGGCGAGUUGGGAGCUGGAGCUGGGGGGUUUGAAAUGACCAAAGACACGCGUUUCUGCGCUGUGUGCAGUGACUACGCGUCUGGAUACCACUAUGGGGUGUGGUCUUGUGAGGGCUGCAAGGCCUUCUUCAAGAGGAGCAUCCAGGGUCACAAUGACUAUAUGUGCCCAGCGACAAAUCAGUGCACCAUUGACAAGAAUCGGAGGAAGAGCUGCCAGGCUUGCCGUCUUAGGAAGUGCUACGAAGUGGGCAUGAUGAAAGGAGGUAUGCGUAAGGACCGUGGACGUGUUUUGCGGCGUGAAAAACGACGGGCCUGCGACAGAGACAAACCAGCCAAAGACCUGCCACACACAAGGGCGUCCCCUCAGGAUGGAAGGAAGCGUGCAAUGAGCAGCAGCAGUACAAGUGGUGGAGGAGGAAGAUCCUCCUUAAAUAACAUGCCUCCUGAUCAGGUGCUCCUCCUGCUCCAGGGUGCUGAGCCUCCAAUCCUGUGCUCUCGUCAGAAGAUGAGUCGACCCUACACAGAGGUCACCAUAAUGACCCUACUCACCAGCAUGGCCGACAAGGAGCUGGUUCACAUGAUCACCUGGGCCAAGAAGCUUCCAGGUUUUCUGCAGCUGUCUCUUCACGAUCAGGUGCUGCUGCUGGAGAGCUCGUGGCUGGAGGUGCUGAUGAUUGGGCUCAUUUGGAGGUCCAUCCAGUGUCCCGGCAAACUCAUCUUCGCACAGGACCUCAUCCUGGACAGGAAUGAAGGCACCUGUGUCGAGGGCAUGGCCGAGAUCUUCGACAUGCUGCUGGCCACAGCGUCCCGCUUCCGGGUGCUCAAGCUCAAACCUGAGGAGUUUGUCUGUCUCAAAGCUAUCAUUUUGCUAAACUCUGGUGCCUUUUCUUUCUGCACUGGCACAAUGGAGCCCCUUCACGACAGCGUGGCAGUGCAACACAUGCUGGACACCAUUACUGAUGCGCUCAUAUUUCAUAUCAGCCAUUUGGGAUGCUCGGCUCAGCAGCAGUCAAGAAGACAGGCCCAGCUGCUCCUGCUGCUCUCCCACAUCAGGCACAUGAGCAACAAAGGCAUGGAGCACCUCUACAGCAUGAAGUGCAAGAACAAAGUGCCUCUGUACGACCUGCUGCUGGAGAUGCUGGAUGCUCACCGCAUCCAUCGCCCAGUCAAACCAUCUCAGUCCUGGUCCCAGGGUGACAGAGACUCUCCCACCGCCAGCAGCACCAGCAGCAGCGGCGGGGGUGGCGGCGAUGAUGAAGGCGCCUCCUCGGCCGGUUCCAGUUCAGGACCUCAAGGCAGCCAUGAGAGCCCGAGGCGUGAGAACCUGAGCAGAGCGCCCACAGGUCCAGGUGUCCUGCAGUACAGGGGGUCCCAUUCCGACUGCACCCGCAUCCCAUGAACCGAGCAGCACGCGAAGGUUUAAAGUCAUUUUUAUGGAUGGUUUGUGUAGAGAAUUUUAAAAAAGGGGUUUGUGAAUUAAAGAUGGUGGUUAUAUUCGAGUUUGCAUGAGAGAAUAUUUAUAAAUGAGGUGAUUUUUGUAGCUGUUUAGUGAGAACCUUCUCAUUGGAACUGCACAGCAGUCUGAAUUUCAGUGCUGUCAGCCUUGUACGCUGCCUUUAAUGAUAUCUGUGAUUUUCAAUCAGCUUUCCAGUACCGCUUAUCAUUUCCAAAACAGCAGAUGUUUAAUGUGGUGCUCUGUUAGUUACGGUGAUUUCAAACAAUGAGCAGCUAAUCUUUCUGUUUAUUCGCCUCGACCAAAGUGCACUUCCUCUGUGAUUUAAGAGGCUGAUGGGCAUUAUUUUUUACAUUUUUUCAUAUAAAGGAAAUAAAAGAGAAAGAAUUACACAGGAAAUGAUGGUAAAACUAGUUCAAAUGAACGUGGAAUUCGUUGUGCUUAGAUGCCGGCAUCGUUAAAAAAAUAGAUAUCAGGUAAUGUGGGUGAGCGCACCCAAUUUUUUCUCAGAUAUAUCUGAGAAAAAAUAUUUUAGUGAUGGCAAUUUUGAAGUGAGGAGUGGGAGAGGAUGUAUCUGUUGAAUUUUAAGUUGGCAGAAAUUGUGCGAUCAAGUCCUAAAUAUCAGUUGGCUGUUUGUUGGGUAACGUCUGUGUACAGGAGGAUUGUUCUCUGUGCUAACCUACGUCAAAUCCUUUUUCCCUACUCUGUUAUGUGGCCGUCUGUGUUCCCUGUGCACGUGUGUGGUUAGCAGAGAGACUACACGCUGAAACAGGUAAUAAUGGUGUUAAAAAAAGAAGUCUCCAAAAUGAAUAUAUGUCAACCUAAUUUCUGUUUAAAUUGGCUGAAUUGGAUGCAGCUGAAGAAAGAAAACACCUAAAAAGAAGUUUAUCAGAUUUUUUUUUUCUUUUAGUUGCCUUACAAAUUCCCGAGGUCACGUAUUCGAACUGUUUUUGGGUCUGACUAACAGCCUGAAAUGGUUUCAACACACAGUGAGGACAAAUUUAACAGCCAGCUUGCCAACUUUAGAUUAGCUGCAACAGUGCAGUCAGACUGGGGGUUGUUUAGCCUCUGACUAAUUUGCUAUAACAUGUCACUCAACUUUUUAGGCUUAAAAUCUUGCAUCAGAUUAAAUGCACAUUUUGGACUGCAUAGAAUAUACCAAUAUACGUUAUAUAUUGGUUGCACUGUGCAAAAGUCUUGAUUCAACCCUCGUUUGUUUUUAUUUUGCUAGGAAAAUGAGAAAUAGAUGCAGGGAUUUGUUGAAACCUGUGAAAACAAGCAUAAAAAUACAGUAUAUAAGGUAAAAACAGAGUUUGUACAGAUGUAAUGAGCUUGAAAGUCAAGAUUUGGUCUAACCACGUUUAUUUUUUAAAGCAGCCUUAACUGGCUUAGGCAAACUUUCUUGUGAUUUCUUUAAGUAGUUUUCAGGAAUAGUUUUCUAGGCUCCUUGAAGGACAUUCAAAGCUCUUCUUUGGAUGUUGGCUGCUUUUUGUUCUCUUGUCUAUGAAGACGACCCAGCACUGCUUUGAUAAUGUUAAGGUCCGGGCUCAGGGGAGAGACGCUUUCCAGAUAGUAUCAAUCCCUUAUGUUACUUUUGUGCAUUCACAAUUCUUUCAAUUUUGAGAAGAUCUCCGACCCCACUGGCUGAAAUGCAGCCCCAAAACCCUGACAGAACGUCCACUCACACUCUCUGUUGUUCCUCUCUCCUGACCUUCUCUGCACAUAUUUAAAAUGCAUUGAACCAAAAGUUUAAAGUUUGGGUUUAUCAGCUCUUUUAUCAGAAGGACUUCACUUUCCCUUACUGUUCAUCUGCUAUUCAGAUGAACAGUAAGCGAUCGUGGCUCAAGAGUUGGGAGUUCGCCUUGUAAACGGAAGGUUACCGGUUCGAGCCCCGGCUCGGACAGUCUCGGUCGUUGUGUCCUUGG